AUGUCAAGCUGCUUAACGCCAUUCAAGCUCCUACUCUUCGAUAGAAUAGUGCUGCUUCUUGAUAUCUGGAACGCGAUCAUUUUGGGAAUUCUAUAUCUUACCUUCCAAGCUUUCCCGAUAAUCUUUGAAAAUGUACACGGAUUUAAUAUGCAAGAAACUGGAAUGACAUUCAUCGGGAUUGGGAUCGGUAUACUAGGUGCACUUGCCACACAGCCCUUGUGGGAUAGAUACACGCGACUACAAGCACAGAAGCAUGGCGGGAUUGCACCCCCAGAAACAAUUCUAGUUGUCAGUCAAGUUGGAGGUGUGCUUGCGCCGAUCAGUCUGUAUUGGCUGGCUUUCACGACGUACGAGGGCAUCCCGUGGAUUGUCCCCGUCCUCGCCUCGGUCCUUUUCGGCGUUAGCGUGUACUAUAUCUUCACAUCGACGUUCACGUAUCUGGUUGUGUCAUACCGGCACAUUGCAGCGUCUGCUCUGGCAAGCAAUACUGCGAUGCGGAUGACAUUUGCGGCCGUGUUCCCACUGUUCGCAGGACAGAUGUAUGACAGGCUGGGCACGGUGGGAGCAACAGCGCUGUUGGCAGGCCUAACGACAACAACUAUGCCUCUACCGAUCGGCGCUCGACUACGAGGGAACUCCCGUUUUGCUCAAAAGCCGUAA